CGUCCGCCGUGGCCGCCAUUGGUUGGGCUCCGAGCAGCUGACAGGCGGCGGCCGGGCGUGGGAGCUUCGAGGAUGGCGGCGUCCGCGGCACUGAUCCUGCGGGAGAGCCCCAGCAUGAAAAAAGCAGUGUCGCUGAUUAAUGCAAUAGAUAUAGGAAGAUUUCCACGAUUGCUCACCCGAAUUCUUCAAAAACUUCACCUGAAGGCUGAGAACAGUUUCAGUGAAGAAGAGGAGGAAAAACUUCAAGCUGCAUUUUCUCUAGAGAAACCAGAUCUUCACCUAGUUCUUGAAACAAUAUCAUUCAUUUUAGAACAGGCAGUAUAUCACAACGUGAAGCCAGCGGCUUUGCAGCAGCAGUUAGAGCACAUUCACCUUAGACAAGACAAAGCAGAAGCAUUUGUCAACGCUUGGUCUUCUAUGGGUCAAGAAACUGUUGAAAAAUUCAGGCAGAGGAUUCUUGCUCCCCACAAGCUAGAGACAGUCGGAUGGCAGCUUAACCUUCAGAUGGCUCACUCUGCUCAAGCCAAACUAAAAUCUCCCCAAGCUGUGUUACAGCUAGGAGUGAGCAAUGAAGAUUCAAAGAGCCUGGAGAAAGUUCUUGUGGAAUUCAGUCACAAGGAGUUGUUUGAUUUCUAUAACAAGCUAGAGACCAUACAAGCACAGCUGGAUUCCCUUACAUGAUGUUCUCAAAGACUGGUUUCUUCAUCACACUCCUGCCACCUUGUUAUUUUGCAUUGAAGAUAGACUGCCAGCUUGUGUCUUCUGAAGGAUUCAGUAGCUUUCUUCUUGUAAAUUAUAUGGCUUAUUGCUUCUUAGACAAAUAAUAGCCAUGGGAAAUCAUUGUUCUGAGUACCAAGGUUCUAAUAUAUAUUCUCUAGUUCCAUAAGCCAACAGAAAGCAAUUGUUAACACUUUUGCAUUAAAGGAAACAAAAGUGAAUACUGUAUUGUUUUUACUGUCCUAUUUUUGUUCUAUUUCCUGACCUGUUUAUUUUUUACAUACUUGAUGACACCUUUAUGUAUCAAGGAGGGUCCAUGGAUACAAAGUAUAAUGUGUACCUUAGAAUACAGAACUUCAGUAAUUAUAUUAAUAAAAAGUAAGAAAGCAGCCACAUGCAAUCAAAUGCAUUAUGGUAUUUUUCCUUGAAUAUAAUGAGUAUAUUUUGCUUGAGAAAAAAUGUAGGAAAAAAAUUUAAAAUAGAGCUAGUAGUAUAUCAGUUAAUUCCAGUGUGAGCUUCUCUGUGCACUUUAAUUUUCUGUCUCAGUUUAACGAUUUAAUAACAAUCCAGGUUUUUGUAUGCUUUUCUUUGUACUGCAGAUUAAUAAUGAUCCACUUCGUAUUGUGGGAGACAGAUUCAGAUCAUGAAUAAAAAUGGUUGUAAUGAGUGCUAUCCUUAAAAUUUCAAAACAGAUAUUUUUUACAUUCUCUUUCUGUAAAUAUGUUAAUUUCAGUCAAUAACAUUUUUAUGUCUUAAAAUUAGUUGAACUGAAGUGCAAAAUAUUUUAUGCUAUGAAUUUAUAUAAAUAUGAAUAUUAUUACCUGUAAGAAAAAAUAAUUUCAGUUCCAUUUUUUAAUGAAUGAAAUAUCUGUCCUACAUUGUUUCCAGAGAGGGAGGGAGAGAGGGACAUUGGGAGAAAGGAGGAGAAGGGGAGAGGGGAAGAGGGGGAGAAAAUGAGAGAGAGAGAUGUAUUGAUUCAAACAUGACUAUUCACAUGAAGGAGUUUGAUUUCAGAAAUGUCCUAUAGUUAAACAAACAGAGCCAUUGAAAUUAAAUCACGUUCCUUAUAUGAGGUAUGUGAGUAAUACAAGUGUUAAAUGUCUCCCAAAUAAAUGUUCAAUAUAUGGAA